AUGUCUGUCGCACAUUAUUAUCUUAAUACUAGUCAAUUACCAAAUGAUGUUUUAUCAUACACGGAUCAAGAUUUUUAUAAUUUUGUUGAAAUGUUCCUCGGAAAAUUACAUGCCCGUUUGCUUUCAUACUUGCACAUUAGUAGUGUACCAUGUUUUCUUUUAACUGAAAAUCCAUGUGCCAUUUUAACACUUGAUAUUGAUGAUGAAGUUUUGGAACAAUUGAGCCAAGAAACAUGUAUUAAAUUGAAAAACAAUCAAUUGAUAGUGAAACCUGGUGUCGAAAACAGUUUUAAAUGUUUAAAAGAAUUAUUGAAAAAAAAAAUUGAAGAACAUAUGAAGACAACAAAACGAAACAUUAAGCAACAAGUUAUAACAGUUGCUAAUACUAAUUCUACACAAUCAUUUUCACUUUCCUCGUCAAUGUCAACUUCAUCACCAUCAUUAUUCACAAGUUCUUGUUCGCCAUUAACCAUAGACGAACAUCACCAAUAUUUAUUAAAUUGUAUUCGACAAUGGUGCAUUGAUAAUAAAGCCAACCUUCGAUUUAAUGAAUUUGAAUUGAAAGAAGAUGUUGACUUUACUUUUAUUUUUUCGAAUAUAAAUAAUUUUUUGGAAAUCAGCAUUCAAUGCAAAUGUGGUUCAAAAAUAAAUUUAGGAAAAAAUGCUGAAAAAUUUCAGUUAUCAAAUUAUUAUAAACAUUUGAAGGAUACCAGAUGUUCACACAUGAAUGCAUUGAAGAAAAAGGCACAAGAACAGAUGCAAAAUCGACAACAUACAGGUAUAAAUUUAACAGCUACAUCAUCACCUAUUACCAAUAAUAAAAGGCGUAUUGAUUCACAAAGUUCACAAAAGGCGAAACAGAAAAAAGAACAUUAG